AUGACGAGUAUCUCGAUACCAGGUAAUUGGCAGGCUGCUGAUGUGGAAGCAAUGGAAGGAGAUUUCGACGAUAACAUGCUUCAGUUUUUGGGUUCUUUCGAAGAAGUUCUUCCAGAUGGAAUAGAGACAGCUGAAACGACCAAAAAGGGGAAAAAGGAAAAGAAAAAGCAAAAGAAGCUAUUCGAAGAGAAGGCGACAGAACAGUUAUCAGAUCCUGCUGAAAUCAAAAGCGUUGAAGAGCGUCGUUUGGCUAAAAAACAGAAACGUAAAGAGCAAAUGGCAGCGAAUCGUAAACAGAAGAAAGAACGGUUGGCGAAGAGAAAACAAAAAGAAGCAGAAGCGAAACUAGCUGAACCAAUUGAAGAAAAGGUCAAAAAAUCAGGAGAAACCAAGAAAAGAAAGGGAGAGAAGUCUGAAGAAAGCGGAAAAUCAAAGAAAUCUAAAAAAGAAACGGACAUCUCAGCUUGGAAACAGUUCUUCUUUCUGCCCAAUGAAAUUCUUCAAGCUGUCGAGCAAAUGGGCUUCUCAGAACCAACUCCUAUUCAGUCAGCUGUUCUCCCUGUCGCUGUGCGUGAUCAUCAAGAUGUGUUGGGAGCAGCUGAAACUGGAAGUGGAAAGACAUUAGCAUUUGGAAUUCCAAUUGUCGCUCGUCUUCUCGAAAGUAGUGCUGAAAACGAUGAAGAAGAAGAAUUCAAAGGUCCUCGUGCACUGGUUAUUGCUCCAACUCGCGAGUUGGUAAUUCAAAUUAUGCGUCACAUCACCGCUUUGAUUGCUCCAACAUCUUUAAAAGCGACGUCUAUUGUUGGAGGAUUGGCUCAAGUGAAACAAGACCGUGUGAUUUCCCAACAACGACCAGACAUUGUAGUCGCAACACCUGGAAGACUUUGGGCGAUGAUGCAAGAAGCAGAGGAGGGUGACUAUUUGGCUGAAUGGAAGAACUUGAAAUGUUUAGUCGUUGAUGAGACUGAUCGAAUGGUUGAGGAAGGUUAUUUUGCCGAGUUGACUCAUAUUCUAAACAGAGUCCAUGAGGAAUCCGAUAAGGAGAAACUCCAAACGCUCGUAUUCUCGGCAACUCUCACUUUCGCAAAGGCACAAGACGUUGCCGAAGAAGAGAAGAAAAAAGCUAAGGAACUCAGUUCUCAGCAGAAGAUUCAACGUCUCAUCAAAUUGACUGGCUUGCGAGAAAACAAGCACAAAGUAAUUGAUUUAACCCGUCAAAUGGGUACAGCUGGAUGUCUUGUUGAAGCUCGUAUCAACUGUGGGAAUCUUCUUGAAAAGGACACUGCUCUUGUCUAUUUGCUGACAAGGUAUCAAGGCAGAACGAUCGUCUUCGUAAAUUCUGUUGAUGCUGCUCGUCGACUCUACAGUAUUCUCAAGGCUAUCAAUAUUGAUCCAAUGAUUCUUCACGCUAAAAUGAUACAAAAGCAACGUCUUAGAAACUUGGAAAAGUUCUCUGAGUCAAGCAAUGCAGUACUGAUUGCAACCGAUGUAGCUGCUCGUGGAUUGGAUAUUCAAGGAAUUGAUCAUGUCAUUCACUAUCAAGUACCGAAAAAAGUUGAAAUUUAUAUUCAUCGAAGUGGUCGAACUGCGCGUGCAUCUCAUCGUGGAUUGACCGUUGUAUUGGUUGACCCACCAAGUAGACAGUUUUACAUGAAAUUAUGCAAGGGGUUGAAUAGAAUGCAAGAUCUUGACAUUUUCCCGAUUGACUUUGAGCCACUGAUGAUCGCAAUCAAGAAACGUGUUCGUCUCGCAUCUGAAAUUGAUUCGCUUGGAUUCCGUUGCAAGAAGAUCAAAAUGUCGGAAUCAUGGUUUGAGAAGGCAGCUCGCGAAGCAGAUCUCGACUAUGACGAAACACGAAAUCGGGAAAUGGGCGGAUUGAAUCUCGAAGUGGACUCAAUGAUCAAGAAAAGCCGGCAACUUCAAGCAGAACUUCGUUCUGAACUCUCUGUUGCACUUCCACGCUCGGAUGGAUCGGAUUCAAUGCGUACCAAAUACAUCACUCCAGAAAUCGUUUCACGCCUUCGUUCUGUUGGUGACAAUGCGAUCGAUGUUCUGAAUCAGAAAAUUGAAGAGACAAAAGAAUGGAAACGAAAGAGUCGAAAAGCCGCACAAGCUGAUGAAAUGAAUACUGUCAAAAAAUCGUUGAAAAAUUCCCAAAAGAACAAAGAUAGGUUGGCCGAGAAGAAGAGAAAGGAGAGGAUGGUGAAGAAAAGUGACACGGCGGCCGAAAAUAAUUGA